CUCUUCCCGCUCGGUCUCGACGCAACUACGUUUGCGCUGGUGGCUGACCGCUUUUGUUUUAUAUUCGUUCUUCCAGGCAGGUUCCUGUCGUCUAGUUCUAGGCACCUUCUCGCCAGACGCAGGGCAUCGUCGGCAGUUCUUCGCUGUUUGUGCACAGGACGGCCUUGUCGGGGACAGACCUCCUCAAACUCCUUGGUACUCGUAUUGUAUGUUCAUUUUACACUGACACUUCUUCGACCAUGCGGGUGUUUGGUGGAGUAUCUGGAAGGCUGCCGGGGAGAUACUCCUCAUCGGAGGCUGCUUCACUGGUGGCCGUGAUCGUCUUCGCUAGUGUGUCUAUCUUGGCCGUUGGCGGAUUCCUCGCAUAUGUUGCCCGUCUUUCUCUACAUGCAUUCCUGGCGAAGCGACCAGGGGGACGCCAACAAGCUCAAGAACAGCGCACCUUUUUCCAGACGCAAUUGGGCGCCUACACUGUGUCGCUGUUGCUCAGCAACUUCUUGACGAGUAUUGCGCUGAUGUUCAACGCCCAUUGGAUUCAGCUGGGCGGCGUCCGAUCCGAUGCGCUUUGUACGGCACAAGGGUUCAUCAAGCAGUUCAGCAUGACAGGCAGUUCUUACUUCACGUCCGCCAUCGCCAUCCAUACCUUCACCACGCUUGCGUGCCGUCGUCGUUUGCCUGAUUGGCUUUGCGGGGUGGCCGUUGUGUCGGGUUGGUCGAUAGCAGCCGUCAUGAGUAUCAUUCCAGCCAUGAUCAAUGACGGCGAUCUUGGGUUGUUAUAUGGUUUCGAUGGUAUGGCCUGCGGGAUCUCGCUGGCGUACCCUGCCCUUCAACUGUUCUUUCAAGUCAUUCCCGUUCUCCUUGCGAUCUCCGCGUCAUUGCUGUUCUACACUCUAGUGUACCUUGUCUUGCGCGGGACCAUUUCCACGAGUAGCGGGUUAAGACUGAACUUCCGCACCGAGGAUCGCAAGCGUUCGUUGGAUAUGGACGGCACGGACCCAAAGUAUCAGCAUUUCAUCUUGACCGUCGCAAGAAGCCUGUUGUUGUACCCAGUCGCUUUCAUCGUGUUGAACUUCGCAGACAUGGUGUCCGUCUUGUUGGAAGUUGCGGGGAACCAAACUCUUCCCUUCUGGCUACACGUCUUCGGUGAUUCCACUGUCGGCAUGCUAGGUUUUGCGAACGCGGCUAUCCUGCUGAACACUCUCCGUAUCAUCGCGCCCUUCAUCAAGGGCUGCGUGCUCAGCAACCCACAGAACGCCGACUCUGAGAGCUUCUUCGCGCCGAGCUCCUCGCCCGUCGAUCCGCCCGCCAAGUCGUUGUUCAGCAGCCACAAUGCCUCACUCAGCUUCGACUCGACAUGUAAGGCCGACACGUUCGCGGACGGGUACCUCACCGCCCCACCCGUCGCGCACGUCUCGUCCCGGCGGAGGUCGCGCAUUGACUUGAGUAGCGCGAUGGCUGCACUGAGGCCGUCGUCCCCGUCCAAGCGCAGCUCCAGACCGCAGACUCCGGACAACACGUCUUCACCGUAUUUCUUCCCGCGAGCCAUCACUGCGCCUAGGCCGGUGCAUUGGCAACAUUCCAAGAUAUUUCUCCCUGGAUCUCCUCGACCUACGCCCCUCGGCCUGCCUCACUCCGAUGGCAAUGGCAAACCCCCUACUACCCGCCACAAACCGCCACCUUUGGAGGAGCCACUCAGGACCCCUCGCAUACUGCCGACCGUCACCAUUGUCGGUCCCAAGGCCACUGAUGCAUCGGAGCGGUCUCCAGAAGCUCGUAUCGUCCAUCAAGAGGCCGCGCACCCCGUGAUCACCUCGCCCCCGCACAGCGCUGCUCUCAUCUGCAUCUCCCGGCCCGCCUCACUCGUUGACCCGGAAGCCGACCCACAACCCCAGUUCGCCGCUAUGAGCUCCGCGCAACCCAAGAGCGCUAGCGCGACGACGCGGACGAACCCCAGCGCGACGAACAGCCUAAUAUCGCUCCAGACAAUUCCCGCGCGUGAGUCGGCCACUGCAGCCCUGCGCGCGUCCGUCCCGUCGAACGGGGCCAUGCAUAGCCAGAGCAGUAGGGUGCCCUCCAUCGCGUCGACAAGUUUCCGCGGGCUCCCACACAACCCGAGGGCACUGCGGGCGGCUUGUGAGGACGUCGCAGCAGGCGCACAGAUGAAGAGGCACACGCCCUCGCCGCUCUCCGGCGGUAGCACUACCAGCAGCGCCCCGCCUGUCGUGUCGAGCAGCUCACAGUCCGGUUCCGCCAUCCCAGUGUUCAGAAUGGGAAUGCCUUCGAGUGCACGUUCGAGCACAGCGACGAGCGGCGCCCAGUCGGCCCCACCCCUUCGUGGAGGCAUCAUGCCCGACAAGCCCACCGGCACGCUUAGUGCACUCCCGCGCUCGCGGUCUAGCAACGGCAUCCGCGGGCCACGCGCGCCGAACGUCAGUGUCGUGCGUCCCAGUGCCUCGUCGGCGAAUGCCAACUCGACGCGGCCGCCCGCAGAGGUGCUGUCUGCGCGCACGCCGAGCAUGGGGUCGCUCAAGUCACCGUCGACAGUCAGCUUGGUGGGCGACGGGGGCGUCCCGCUCUUGGGGGGGCGCAAGCCGCCUGCGAGAUAUUCGUCAAGGAACGCCGACUUUGUCUCGCAGAGUGAGUACAUUUGAUCUUGGGUACAUGUAUGGUGCAUUCCUUUGUAAGGUCGUCGCGCGUUCGUUCUAUUCCAUUCCCCCGCCUGUCUUUCUUGUUACUUUUGCCGUUGCACGCUUCGUCACGUCGGACACACCACUCACACUCACUACUGUAUUAUAUCGCUGAUCUGUGUAGACUGGAGGACUUGUAUCGGUGUAGAAUAUAGAUGUAGGCUGUCAAUACGUACUUGGUCAUAUGCACCCGCGUAUCAUAUGUAUGUAUUUGCUAUUUUGCUAUCAUUGAGUCCCAACCGGAACCGAAGACACAGUACGCAUGUCCCGUCGGUCGCUGG